AUGGUCGACGCAGCAUCGUCGCGACUAGCACUGCAUCCUCAGCGAAAACGCAAGUUUUUCACGGACCUGGCAAAUUUACUCGAUGAGGAUCCACCGGAGAUCCGUUCUCUUCAAUCCGCUUUCUUCGGCCCUGAGCUAGAUGAUCAAUACCGUGUGAAUCGCGAUGCGUCUUCUGGUCCAAAACCUAGUAGUGCCACUCAGACACUUUUGAUGCCAUCACACUCGAUGACAAGCGAUUCGUUCGAGUCAGUUGAAUUUGGUGCCCCACGCACCAAGUCGAGCGGAGUCGGUAGUUUUGGAGCGAGUCAAUUAAGCUCGCACAAUGAGUCCGUGGCAGACAGCGCGCUCUUUCUGCCCAAUAAUAGCAAUACCAACGUCGGCAGUAGUCAAAAGAGACCAGAGCAUCGUGUGCAAUUCGAUUUUAACUAUGAGACCAUGCGUGGUAGCGCUAGUCUAUCUCGUAAUCAUGAGGCAUUAUCAGUGACGACACUUGUCAAUAGAGGGAUAAUGUCAGAGAAGCCACGGACUAUUACGCGUCUGGAGCUUGUCGACUACUAUGAUGCAGAUCGAAUGUGUGAGCUAUUGCCAUGUUGGUUGCAAAGUGACGGAGUAUCUUGUGAUAUUCACCAAGGUGCUAUUCGCCGACCAAUGCUGCUUUUCUGUCUUCAGGCGCUAGAUGAGUUUAUUGCUCGUAAUGGAUGGAUGGGACAACAGCGCUGGCAAUUACAAGCCUGCAAAGUAGCUCGGAGAGUUUUUGUCGCGAUGUGGGAGGCAGAUGUGCUGGGCAUAGCGCCGUCGGAGCGAGAUGUAGUGCUGGCCGACUGUGUGGCGUCGAAGACGGUUGUUACAGGCGUGGCACUUGACGUCUGGCGCAUUAUUGCGAUUUACUGGGACAAAUACAAGCAAAAUUACUCUCACCAGCAAGAACUAUACUUUGGUGAUGUGUCUGGAGGGAGAUCAACGCACACAGCUUCCAAGCAGGAUUUAGUGCGUGCAUUACUCCAUAUCUAUGGAAUGAAGCCAAGUCAGGCAAUGCGCCUUGUUGACCAAGACGGCAGCGAUCACCUCAAUCUCUGGAAACUCACGGACAAGCAGCUUCGAGAAGUGGCACAUGGGCUUCCAUCUAUUAAACACCUGCACGUUGGUAUGGAUUAUUUAAAAUGCAAAACUGCUGGUACUUCUUCUGGUGGCGACAAGGAUUCCGCAGUGAUCCAACGACCUAUGAUCAGUCAGCAAGAUGCGAAGACAGCGUUUAGUGCCAUUCAUAUCCAUCUGAAGAAGUGGAACGAAAAGGUGCAGAUGUUUCCGUGUGGUUCCUUUUCUCGUGGUGCCGCGUUCAUAUCUGUGCUUGAUGUUCUAGUUGUCAUCCCGAUUCCAGAAGGCAAUUUCACAAGUGCAGAAAUUGAUGAGAAGUUGUUCGAAGACGUGGUUACAGCUCUGAUGGCAGCUAAUGUGGUUCCAAAAGGAGGAAUACGCCAGCUUACCAGCACUCGUGGGGCUUGCAUCGUUCCGUUUAAGAACAGCUCCAUUCUAUUGGACUUGAAAGUGUACUGCCCGCCUCGAAGUUGGUUCGCUCUGCUAUACUUCACCGGGCCAGAGGAUUUUGUGCUGGCUUUCUUUACGGCUUUACUAAAGCAAUCACUGCGAGAGAUUUGUGAUACUUCUUUCGAGUGUAUUUACUCACGUGUGACAGAAGUUAUUGGAAGCAAAGCCCUUCUUGCAAUUGCAUCUGAGAAAGACCUCUUCGACUUCAUCGGCCGCGAUUUUCUGGAGCCAGCAGAUCGAAUCUAG